UCAAAAAGCCCAAAACACGUCUCAAGAAAAUCGCUUCAAAGCAAUAGUUUAACAAGCGUUCUAGUUGAUAUUUUGAUUAUAAAUUCUAUCGUUUCUUAAUUUAAUUAACUAAUACUAAUCAACAUCCAAUCCAACAUUAUUAAAAUGAAACUUUUAUGUAUUUUAAUAUCAUUUGCCCUCGUAAAUAAUUUGGUAGCUGUAUUUGAUAUAGAUUAUCUUAAGGAGGUUAUAAAAACAAAUGCAGACAUCGUGAUGGCAGCAUGUGUAUUGCCGGAAAUAAUUCAAAACAUUGUUUGCGGAAAAUAUUCGAUAAAGGAAAUGAAUUUGAUGUUGGCAUUACCGGAAAAACAUAUUAAUAGCCAAACGCCUAUGUCCUCUGAGGACGAAGAUGAUAUGUUACGGAUCCAGAAGGACAUGCGAUUAGAAAUAAGGAAUAGACUAGGUGACAUUACUUCUGAACUACACGAAAGAGGUUAUAAAGAUUGGAGUAUGUCAGCUUUAGGAAAUCAAAGAAGACAUAAAGUCAGCGAAGCCGUUAAAAUAUUAAUGAAUCUUGUAAUAAGUGGAAAUAGCCCUUACUUCAAAGUGGAUAUGACCCAUUUUCCCAACAUGUGUCGUUUAAUUGCAUUGUACCAAGCUCUCAAAAACCCAGAUGCAUUUAUAGAGUUGGAUGAUGCUAAAGUCGAGAAUAAAAUUUGUUUAAUAAGAUAUGUAAACGGGAAUGUUAUUAAGUACAGUAAAAUUGGUGAUGAUAUUUUUCGACUUAACAAUAUUGGGAAUCCAUUUCAGCCACUUUCUUUUGAAGUGACUUAUUUGUACCAGAAAUAAGGACAACUUAUUUUAUUAUUAUUAUAAUAUAUAUAUAUAUAUAUAUAAAUAAUUUUUGC